AUGCAAAUUUUUGUAUUUGGAAUUGGCAUGUCAUCACGUCAAAAUCUUAGUAAAGGUGAAUCUGAGUUUAAAUCAUCACUAAUUCAUGAUCAUAAUUCAAAACACACAUUAUUUGUUUUAACUAUAGAUAAUGAUUUAAACUGUCUUCUAGAAAUUUACCAAGAAUUUCAACUAAUAAAAUGUAUUAAGGAACGAACUUCUGAUGAAUUUAGUGAAAGAGAAUUUAAUGCUUGGAAAACCUUAAUACGAGCUGUAGGUGGAUUUAAUAUUACUCCAUGGCCAUCUGACGAAUCAGAGAUUUGGACAUAUGCUAAUUCAGCAAAUAAUGAUAAAGAAAUAUUAUAA